AGAUCAUUUGUCUCUUUCCUUCUUUCCUCUCAAAAAGAACAUCUAAUGGAUAACGUUCUUGGGUUGCGAAGAAACUGCAAGAGAUUUUUCCAGUUUCAGUCCCAAAUAUGGCAUUAAGACCAUUAGUCUCAAGGCAAAAUCUACCAACCUUUCUCUGCUGUCUAAAACCCUCCCUUCAAACCAAGGAGAAGACGUUGUCUCCUCCGAAGAUCCUCCAAACCAGUAUCAGUAGAAGAAUAGGAUCAAUAGCAGCAGUCGCUUCAAUUCUCUUGGCAAGGGAAGCAAUACUGAAACCAGAAAUAGCAUUUGGGGCAGACUGGAAAAUUUUGGCUUCUGAACAAACAGUUGAAGAGGCAGAGAGUGAGAUCAGAAUUCAUGCACAAUCUUUGCUAGAUAUUAAAGCUUUGUUGGAGUCUGAAUCUUGGCGUGAAGCCCAGAAGGCAAUGCGAAACAGUUCUUCUAACUUAAAACAUGACUUGUACACCAUAAUCCAAAGCAGACCUGGAAGUGAGAGACCUUACCUGAGGAAGCUCUACUCUGAUCUCUUCAAUAAUGUUAGCAGACUAGAUUAUGCAGCCAGGGACAGAGAUGGCUCACUUGUUUGGAAGUGCUAUGGAAAUAUUGUUGUAGCCCUUGAUGACAUUCUGGGUAGAAUAUAAAUUGUCCCAUGUUUCCCUUUUGGUAAAUGAAGUAAAGCAAAAUCAAUAGAACUUUAUUUGACAAUUGAUAUGUUGUUACCAGUACUUGUGACUGGUUCUGUUCAGCAAUACUAAUAGUAGCUGCUAAUUAUUUUAA